AUGAAUGCUUCUAAGACUCUAGCUGUUGAUGAGAGUGUUAAGUUGGAUAUAGACAUGGGAAUGGAUGAAGGUGUAGAAGUGGAUGAAGAUACAGAAGUGGAUGACAGUACAGAAGUGGAUGAAGAAGCUGAAAUCAAUUAUACUGAAAUAAAUUUUGAUUCUUACAAAGCAAUCCAAGAUGAUACAAAUUUUGUUAAUCAUAUAAAUAAUGAAAAUUCCUGUGAGAUAAAUUAA